ACAUUGCAGAAACUAGUGCUACACCCCUACUGGCCCGAGUUACUUUGCAAAAAGACUUCAAUAGUGUUUCGCUCGUUCCGGAUAAUGAACAAAACACAGUUGUGCCUAUACAAGAGCCUACAGCAUUACAACCAGAUUCAGAACAAAUAAAAGAAAUCCACACAGAAACAACCCAAAAUACAGAAGCACUGGAGGAAGCUACUACACUGCCAACGUUUGAAACCUCCGUAAAAGAAAUGGUUACAUUUAUUGAACACAACGACACCACAACUGUCAAACAAGAACAGGAAAACGAGGAAGAAGACUCAGUCACCACAAUUCAAACACAGACACAGGAACCGUUAACACAGGCUUCAUUUAUGGAAGAGCAACAGCAACAAUUGGAAUCAACAACCGAACAUCAUGCACAAACUCAGACAGCUGAUGCAAGUGGGCAAACAGCCACCACCACUACAGUUAAAAUUGAAGAUGAUGACACUUACAAACAAGAGACAACGGAAACGGAUAUACACUCAACUACUGUAGUGGAAGAAGAUGAAAUGGCGACAACUACUGCUGAACCAACAGCGGCGCCUGUAGAGCCAGAAGCGCGUUCUCUUUCCCUACCACCACCAAAAUUGGAAUAUUUACAAAAUGAAGAUGGUGUCGAAGUAUUUUAUGGUUAUUCAAUAGUUAAACAUAAUUAA